CAUGCCAAAUGAGACUUUUCAUCUGUAAGAUUUUUCUUUGCACAGUUUGAUCCAUUGUACGAUUUAGUAACUACAGUAAUCUGUUAGAAAUAAAGAAAAUGAAAGGGAAGUUGGUUAGAGGUCUCAUCACUUCCGCUCAGCAAUUGCUUGCCAUUGUUGACACCGUUUCUAUAGGGAGCAGUCCCCUGAGAUUGUAACGGUAAUUCUUUCAGGAAUACGAAAAUGGCGCUAGGGGAGUCGAUGAACGGCGGGAUCGCCGCCUUAGGCGGCGGAGACAUUGAGGACGGGCAUUUGAUGGAAUUUCUGGAGGCUAUCGCACCAGUGGGUCAUCCCUCCGGCGUUGUGGCUGAAGCCACGGACGCUUCGGUUGACACUUCCGAUGACCAAAUUACCCCAUUGCUGCCCAAACCGGAGAGGUCUAAGAUCAACAUCUUUACUAUCACGUACCCUAAGAGAGAGUCUAAUAAGGAGGAAGUGAAAAGAUCAGAAUCCGAUAGGUCGCCGUUUUUGCAGUUUAUAUUAUGGGCGUGGAGUGGAUCAAAGUACUCUGGUCUACUAUGUAUGGCCUUCUCAUCUGUAAUCUAUUGUAUUAUGGAUGUUGUUUCAGAUAUUUUUUCAGUUCAAUCAAUUUCCCUUUUCGAAAUGGCGUUCACAAGAUGUACAUUACUCUUGAUUAUAUCGCUUGUAUGGUUGAAGAGAACCAGGCAGCCAAUCUUUGGCCUGAAGAACGUCACUACACUUUUGGUUUUAAGAGCCGUGAUUGGAUAUUUAUCAUUAUUGAGUUUCAUUUACUGCAUUCAAAGGUUACCAUUGUCCCAGGCUGUUGUAUUGAGUUUUACGACUCCAAUUGUGGCUGCAGUUGGUUCACGGUUCAUAUUGCAUGAAAAGAUGAAUCUUGCUGAAAUUGGAGGUCUAGCAAGCAGCUUCUUUGGUGUGCUCUUUCUUUUUCAACCGAUGAUCAGUUCAGAAGGAGCUUUGCUAGAUAUUGGAGAAGCUAAUGCUUCAUAUGUCAAUGGAUACCAUCAUUCCUAUGCAGUUUUGGUUGGUCUAUGUUCAUCUAUUGCUGGCGGAAUCAGCUACUGUCUUAUAAGGGCAGGAGCCAAGACAACUGAUCAACCAGUGGUCACAGUUUUCUCCUUUGGUCUAUUUGCAAGCCCUGCUGCUGGAAUAUGUACAUUUGCUUUUGAAAAAUUUGUGCUUCCAAGUUGCUAUUCUCUCUUUCUUAUGAUUGUGCUUGGUGUACUGGCUUUCUUCGCUGAGAUAACUUUGGCAAGAGGACUUCAGCUUGAGAAAACAAGCAGAGCUGUCAAUGUACUCUAUAUUGAGGCAGCUCUAUCACAGUUGUUGCGAAUGGGUUCUUCAAGAAUCGCAUCCUUUAGUAAGUUAGUUGGAUGUUCACUUAUUUUGAUCUCAGCCAGUUUCACGCUGAUCUCUUGUGGACCUGAAUGAGACUGAAAGGACUAUGAACAGCAUAUUUCUCUAUCGUGUGCGACCAUGUACCUGCUUCUAUUCUUUCUUGUAUUGAUUCUUGUUUUUGUAAACUGCAAUAUUAUAAUAAAUAUAAAAAACAGUUCACAAAAUGUGCUAUUGCAUGAUAUUUUCCAUACAUGUAAAGUUUACCUGUGGUGAUGGGGGUUUAGAAUUU